AGCCGGCCGUAGCCUCGUUUGCGGGCGCACCGGACCGGGUUCAACCAGGGCUCAUGGCGAAGCCCCAGUGGCUGGUUGCCCUUGUUGGGGUGGCGGCACUUUUCGCAGCUUCAAGGCCCUUGCAGUUUGUAGCCCCGUCUUCGUCUCUGGGCUCUCUGCGCGGCGCAAGCAUCCACUCGCGGCCGAGCCAGAGGCCCGAGGCUCCCCAAACCUGCGCCAGCGCCAGCGUGCUUUGCACCGCCGCGUUGUUGCUGGUGGCUGGCAAGGCGCAGAGGUCGGCGCGGAACGCCAUUCCGAAACCGCACACCGUCCCCGUUGUCAACCUGGAGGGAAAGAAGAUAGGUGAGGAGGAGCUGCAAUUCCAGGUCUACAAUCCAUUCACUGCCAAUUAUGUGGUGCACCAGGCCAUCACCAUUUGGAAGUACCAGCAGCUUCCCUUCACCGAGUUCCACAAACGCCGAAGCGACAUGAAGAAAGGUAAGAAGCUUUGGAAGAACAAGGGCGUCGGAAAAGCCCGAAUGGGCUCCAUUUACAGCCCGCUCUUCGGCAAGUCGUCCACGAACAAGAACCCGCACGGCCUCGACAACAAGAGGAAGAAGAAGCUUGGGAGGCACCACCACAUGAAGUCCAUCUCCACGGUGUUGCAGAGCAAGUGGCGCUGCAUGAAGAUCGUGGAUGGCCUGGAGGACAUCAAAGAGUCGCGGUACUACGAGCUGUGCAACAUGCUGCGGGGUUGGUGCGGUAUAGAAUCGGGCAUCAGGCAGACAUUGAUGAUCUCUCGCAAUGGCUACGGGGAGGAGCACAGCCACCGCUGCGUGCCCAUGCGCUUCAGCUACAGGAGCCCUCUUUACAUGGCUGGGCGCUUGAUCGACAACUUCUCCAUGCGCCGACCCCGCGAUAUGGACCCGGACUCCGAUGGCCUGUACCAGGCCCUGCUGGGCAGGAAGAUCAUCGUGUCUCGGGAAGCCUUCUUUGACCUCAAGGCGAAGUUCGAUGCAUUUGAUGGCUGGGCCUUCAAGACGCCCAACGACAUUUUGGUGGAGCAAAUGCAGAAGUUGAUGAAGGAGUACCCCUAUGACCGCACGGCCGAGUUCGAGGCAGCCCGGGAGGUGCCCCGGAAGCUGGCGGAGCGCGAGUUCUGGGCCAAGGAGAUUCGCGAGAAAGACGCAGAGGCGGCCCUCAGCUGAGGACUGCAGAUUGAAGCGGUGAAAAAGGAAAGGUGCUAAGGCAGAGUUGCAUUUGACUACCCCAAGG